AUGGGCCUUGUGACAGCAUUCUACGACACCUAUCACAAGCAGCCCAAGACCGGUCGGGCCGCCACAGGACGCACGGUGGUGGUGCUCGGUGUGCUGUCAAGACGACAAUGGGUGAGAGAAGAAGAUUUGGCCGGGGAGUUGAAACUGCCCCCAAGGAAACUUCGUUCCACUCUGCAGUUUCGAGAGGAAAAACUGGUCGCCAGAGAUCAAAGGGGAGGGACAGCUUACUCCUGUCUGCACUAUGCCCAGAUGUACGACGUUGUUAGGUACAGGCUGCACAGUAUGAAAAAACUGAAAGAUGAGUUGGGCAAGGCCGACAACAAUGUUGAGGAAUAUGUGUGUCCUAACCCUCACUGUAGGAAAAGAUACAGCAGUUUGGAUGCGUUGUACCUGACGUCUAUGGAGAACGAUGGGUCCUGCUUCCACCGUGAAAGUUGUAACGGGGAACUUGUGGUUGCAAGUGACAGCCACGCAAGGCGGCCACGGGGUCAAGAAUUAAAAGACAGGCUUCAGAGGAUGGAGGUACAGAUGAAGCCAGUAACGGAACAACUUGACAGAGUCAAAGACUUGGGUUUUCCUGAAUUGGGAAGCCUCCAAGAUUGGGAAGCGAGUGGAAGGCCAAUGUAUAUAAAGAGUGUUGAAGUUGAAGUUGAAUUUUGUUGGGUUGAAGGACAGGUGGAAGAGGCUCCUAGUUGUCAGAUCCGCGUCAAGUCAAAGCGUGAUGAGGAUCCAGCAGAAGACAAUGUAGACUGGGAGGAAGGUUGGGGACCAAAAGACUUGGAAUGUUGAAG